AUGAAAAACCCAAGAGACACCGAACUCAACGUCGCCUUCGUUUAUGACCCGAAGGCCUAUUAUCUUGAACGAGGCUACGCGGAGACCGACUGUGCUGAUUUGGCCGAUGAGGUGACAAUCAACGCUGUCGCCAAUGCCCUUGGCAAGCUUGGACACCGUGUAGUCCACAUUCCCGGCAUCAAACACCUCGUCGGCCAUCUGGCAGCGGGUGAAGAGAAGAAUUGGGACUUGGUGUUUAACUUUAGUGAGGGGCUUCGUGGUUCUGCACGCGAAUCUCAAGUACCAGCACUACUUGAAGCUUAUGAGGUUCUCUACACGUUUUCAGACGCAGCCACGCUUUCACUAUGUAAUGACAAGGCGAAGACUAAGAUGCUUCUGGAGCAUUAUCGGAUACCAACGAGCCCGUUCGCAUUAAUCCCCAAAUUUGGCCUCAAGGCCGAUUAUGCCUCACUGGCCAAAGAACUAUCAUAUCCACUCUUUGCAAAGCCAGUUGCUGCAUCUACCUCAAAUGGGAUUCUACCCUCGAACAAGAUCUACCGACAUGAAGACCUUGAUACAACCAUUGAAAAUCUCCGAGGUCAAUUUAAAGGCCAGGAAAUCAUGCUAGAGGAAUUCCUUGGCGGGAGAGAAUUCACAGUGGCUAUCCUUGGAACUAACAGCUCAGCCACUGUGCUAGGUGUAUUAGAAGUGACAUGGUACAAUCCAGAGGGACAUGAAAAUGACAAUUCGUCGGUUGACUUCGCCACAAGCUUCUCCAAAGCUGGCCGUGGACCAGGCCAAGAUAUGGGACAUGCCCAUGCGGACCUGGCAGAUCCGCUAGUGAAGAAGGUCGCCAAUGUUGCUCUAUCGGCGUAUCAAGUAUUGGGGUGCCGAGAUGGAGCUCGUGUCGAUAUACGUCUAACUUCUCAAAUGAACGGUUCUGUUCCAAACGUGAUAGAGGUAAACCCGCUAUUCGGGCUUCGAGACGACUUUUCUCUGUUUACUUGCAUCGCGCGAAAUAACGGGAUGGAGUACCAUGAACUUAUAGCUGAAGUCAUCACUAGCGCCCUUCAAAGACGGAAUCAAGAAAGUGAUGGGUCAAUCGGAUAG